AUGCUUCGGUUUACUCCAGUAGCCGGUGUAACAGUUUGGAAGCCAAUUGGGGAUCUGUUUCAGGCUCUGUAUGAAGCUCUAAUGAGGCAAGAAGAACUGCUUGCUUACAUUGACAGCCAAGAAGAAGCUAGGCUAAGGGUAAGUUUUCUAUUUCCUUAUUUCCACCUAAUUUCUGAUAGCUCUAUUUCCACUGCAUUGCAUUCCUGUUGUGAUGGAUGGGGUUUGACAGUAACACUUGGUGUGCCAAAGGUGAAGCCUGAGAUGUCAGCUCACUAUGGACUAUUCUUAAUGGGAAGAACACUCGAUGGAUCUCUAUUUGGAGGAUGGAAACCUAAAUCUGAUCUUCCUUUAUUAGUAGAGAAGUAUGUGAACAAGGAAAUUCAAAUUGAUGACUACAUAAGACACAAUUUGCCAUUUGAUGACAUUAACAAUGCUUUUGAUCUCAUAAAGGAAGGAAAGUGUCUGCGUUGUGUUAUUCACAUGCCAAGAUAAUUCCUGUGGAUUUCUAUUAGUAUUUUCUUUCAAGGAAAACGGU